GCUUUAAUUAACUUAUUGUAAAUAUAAAUUCCUAUGACAGUUUCCCAUAUUCUCUGUAUUUUUUUAAAGUAUCAUUAUAGAUAUUUUUGUGAAAUCCAGUUCUUGCCUUCUAGACCUUGGCACCUAUGUGAGCCUUGAUAAUUAGCAAUUUCACUGUAAAAAAUAAUCUCUGAAUGUUUGGACCAUUAAGAUGCCACCAUAAUAGUCUAAAAAUAUAUGCUAUUUAACCUGAACUUUGCUACAGGUGUACAAUAGUUUUCCAAGAAUAAUGGAAUAUUUGCCUGGGCAACACACAAAGACUUUUGCUGAUAUUGAAAAACUUUGUGACUUUAUCCAUGAAAAAGUGGUACUUCACCAGAAAACACUGGAUAUUCAGGAGCCACGUGACUUUAUUGACUGUUUCCUUAUCAAAUCAGAGAAGGAGCAGAACUCAUCCAACACUAUCUAUACUCCGGAAAGCCUUGUGCGUUUUGUGCUUGAAAUGUUUUUUGCUGGGACAGUAAACAUAAGCAAUGUGUUGGUCUCCAGCCUACUUGUGGUGGCCAAAUUGCCACACAUUCAAGCUAAAGUGCAACAGGAGAUUGCUGAGGUGGUGGGUACAAAUCGCAUUCCAGGUAUGGAAGACCGUUUGAAGAUGCCUUUCACAAAUGCUGUGAUCCAUGAAGUUCAACGGUGUUGGAAAGACAGCCUUGAGAUCCUUCCACGGGCAACAACUUGUGACAUAAAAUUCCAUGGUUAUAACAUCUCCAAGUACACGGCUGUUGUGCCAGUCCUCCCUUCUGUACAUUUUGACCCUCUCCAGUGGGAAAGUCCAGAGAAGUUCAAUCCAGAUCAUUUUUUGGAUGAAAAGGGCCAGUUCAGGAAAAGAGAUGCUUUCAUGGCAUUCUCGGCAGGGAAAAGGUCCUGCCCAGGGGAGGCCCUGGCUAGGAUGGAGCUCUUCUUGUUCUUCAGUGCUCUGCUUCAGAAGUUCACCUUCUAUCUGGAUGUGGAUACCAAAGACAUGGAUGUAAUUUCUUUGUUUACGGACGUCAAAAAUAACAAAUACCCCCUUUUACGAGCCAUUAAAUGUUGAAUGCUGAUCAAGAGAAGAAAAGAAGUGGAGGAUUUGGGGGAUAAAAAAAUCUCAGCAGCAAUUUUUUAGAAGAUUUUUGGGAUAUUGAAGGAUUUUGAGUGAAACUAAUCUAAAAUACUUUUCCUUUUAAAUUUUCUUAUCUAGUAGAGGCAUGUUCACUACCAUAGAACAUAUUAUUCUGGCAUUCAUGGGAACUUAUGAUAGCAUGCUGGAUUUAAGAGGAACUUAAGAGAUUUUAAGAGAAGAGAUACCCCAGAAGCUUCAUUUAGCUCAAGGGAAAAGAAUGGAUACAACUAGAAAUAAGUUAACAUGAAAAUGACAUGACUAUGAUGUAUGAUAUUGCAUACAAUUUGGAAUUAUGGCUAUUAGAUUGAAUGUCCACCAAUGUCAGCCUCAAGAUAUCUUCCACAUCUUAUAUCUUCUCUUAUAUCUUCUGCAUCCUAACUAU